CCUAACACCUCUGUCUCCACUCUACUUCACGCUCAUCUGCCACCGGUCUUUCCACAAUUCCGUAUAAAAGCUUGCGGAGUCUACAAUGCACAUCGCCGCCUCACCUCGUCUGCUCUCUUCUUCUAACGUGCGCACUUUACCUACCGGAUUCUCUUCUUUCCGACGAUCAUCGCCGUCCGUUCCGUUGACCUUCGCCUCUGUCUCAGCAACGCCGCCGUCUUGCUCCGUUUGGCGGAAAAGCUUGUCCUUAACAGAUAAGGAUAUUAAAGUGUUUGGAUCCCGAGCGAAAGCAUCGAUGGCGGAAGCAGUGACUGGGAAGGGGAAAGCGAAAGUUGAAGUGUUCGAUUCAGAGGAGGAACUGAAGGCUUCUGUGGCGAAAUACACUGCCGAUUUAUCGGAGAAAGUUUGCAAGGAGAGAGCUUCGUUCUCCGUCGUUGUCUCCGGUGGGUCUCUUAUAAAGUGUCUCAGUAAAUUGCUGGAGCCUCCUUAUAUCAACUCUGUAGACUGGUCAAAAUGGCACGUUUUCUGGGUGGAUGAGCGUGUGGUUCCAAAGGAUCACCCAGAUAGCAAUUACUUGCUCGCUUAUGAUGGGUUUCUAUCCAAGGUACCUAUUCCUGCUGGUAAUGUAUACGCCAUAAAUGAUGCCUUGUCAGCUGAAGGUGCAGCAGAGGAUUAUGAAACCUGUCUCAAGCAUUUGGUGGAACGGAAGAUCGUAAGCACAUCUGAGGCAAGUGGAUUUCCACAGUUUGACCUAAUGCUUUUGGGCAUGGGCCCUGAUGGGCAUGUUGCUUCUCUAUUUCCCGGGCAUCCUCUUCUCCAAGAGAAAGAGAAGUGGGUUGCGUUCAUCAAGGACUCUCCAAAACCCCCUCCGGAAAGGAUCACUUUCACAUUCCCUGUCAUCAACUCUUCCACAAACAUUGCUCUUGUUGUACCGGGCGCAUCUAAGGCGGAUGCUGUGUACACAGCAUUAGGCAGCAGUCAAAAUCCCAUUUCGCUGCCCGUGCAAAUGGUUUCACCAGAAAAGGAAUUGGUUUGGUUUUUGGAUAAGGGAGCCGCUUCAAAGCUGUAAGCCUAGGCAUACCGAUUGUAGUAACAUGCGAGUUGAUCUUAGUGAGGAUUGAUACUUCUCUUGAUGAGCCUUUAGUUGUUGUCAUCUCAAUAAUGCUUUGAGGAAGCCAUGGUUUUCUUCGUGUUUGCAAGCAAUAAAGACAAUCAUGACAGGCUCGUAGUCAGUCUGUAAACUAUGUAGUUCUAUGCACUAUUCUUCUUCUGUUCAUGGACACUUCACUGGAUUUGCAGUCUUUACAUUUGUUUUA